UUGUGUCAACAACCAGGCCUGGGGACUUCAUAGCUGUUGUUUAUGUCGCCCAAAAUCGACAGCUAUUUUUCUAAAACCCCGGCAACACCUAAUCAAACACCAGUCUAACAAGAGGGAUCGAACUUCUCCAGAGCAAAAUCUAAAAGUUUUGGAAUGAGCCACCCCUGAUAUAAGUCGAAUGUCAUCGUUAAAGCAGCAAUCGACAUCUCACAAUCAGGAAAUUGGUCAAAUGACUGGGUCGGAAUUGAUGACGAUGUCAGAUGUGAUGAGCCAAUUCUUCGAUAAGUUAAAAUGUCUGGCGACAAAAGAGGACAUCAAUCCUUUACACCAAAAUUUUGAAGAUCUAAAAGCAAACUCCUAACUAAAAAAGAAAAUCGAACAUAAAAAAGCUGCACAUCAUCAUGACCUUUAUCUGGAACAGCUGGAUUUAAAGUCUCAUCGCAACAAUCUUACACUUAAAGGCCUUGACCUCCCAAAAGAUGUGGAUACUAGUAAAUUAGUGUGCGAGUUUCUCCAAAAAGUCCUAGGAUUGGAAUUGGAAGAAAAAACUCUGCAUGCGCACGCUCUGGGUAAGAAUGGUCAGUCCUAUAACAUCCCUGUCUUAAUCGUCUUUGAUUACUUCCGUGGCAAAAUAAAUGUUAUUAAAAACGCAAAAAAACUUCAAAACACAGGCUAUUCUAUUCAAGACGAUUUACCAAAAGAUUUAAGAUGAAAAAGAUAGAAACUUCUAGCGAUUCGUCGUCUCUUAUGGUGUCAUAACAAGUCCCUCAGAGUAACGGUUCGGACAGACUUCAUGGUUGUUACAUCAAAUUUAAAUGGUGCACUGAAAAGGGACUUCUUUUUGGUAACCAAAGUGGAGUAGACAAGCUGAAGGGUAUCACUAAAAAUGACUUUUCGGAUGCCAUCACAGAACUUUGCUCUCAUCCCCCGAUCCGGAGAAACCUUUCUUUCAAGUUCCACUACCAUCAGGACAUUCAUCGUGCAACCGGACACCAAGAGACACUCCAAGACCUUCUGAAAACAAACCAUCUGCCGUCAAGUCAGCAAUAAAAAAGAAUAACUACAAUAUGAAUUUCGACCGAGUGCCACCACUUGAUCCCCACCAAGGGGGUUUGAACUUCAUCCGGCUCUCUCCUCAACCGGUCCAGGGUCAGUUCAGCAUGGGCCAACCACAGUUUGACUUCACUCAGCAGCAGCAGUCGAUGAUGCCGCAGCCAGCUUUUCAAUCUACUUUCCAGCAGCAGCAAAUGCCCACUCAGACAACUCAGCAGCAAUUCCAGUGGUCUAAUCAAACUCAACAACCGUUGAUGCUACAACAUCAGCCUCAGCCACCGCAGCAUGUUUUCAAGCUUGCCGACCCGUCAAUGGAAAUCGUCGAUCGCAUGAUAGAAAAAUUCAUUGCCCAGGACAAUAUGUUUCCCAGUCUUAUUGAUAAGAUGAGAAUAACUUGUGAAAGCGGUGUCACUGUGAGUGGUCUUUUAGAAUCGGACUACUCAACUCCUAAUGAACUCCCUGUUCAAGUGCACAUUAAUCAAUUUAAAAUAAUUAAUAAAGUUCCUCUUCCACCAGAGAUCUUGGAACAGGUUGGAAUCAUUCAACCUGAUACGCUAAUGGGCGUCUUUCCUGAAAUCAGUAGAGCUUGGGUCAGUAUUGAGAGCGACCUGUACAUAUGGGAUUUUGAAACUGGUGGAGAUGUAGCAUACUAUGAUGGUGCUUGUGACAUUAUAACAAGUGUCGGCCUCGUGCCGUCACGCCCCGAUGUAUUUCAUCAGACUAUUAAACACCUGCUCAUUAUAACGACACCGUUGGAAAUAAUUGUACUUGGCAUUGUGCUAAACCAAGCUCCAGACAAACAGUCAAAUGAACUCCAGCUCACUCAUGAUAUAAUUUAUUCAUUACCGACUGAAGGAGUGCCAAUUAAAGUAGUAAAGGGAACGGUUGAUGGGAGGAUAUUUAUGGGCGGUCAGGAUGGCAAUGUUUUUGAACUUGUGUAUCAGAAAGAAAUUGGCUGGUGGGGCAAGAGGUGUAAGAAGGUUAACAUAUCGAAAAGUUCCUUGUCAUUCAUAGUGCCAUCUUUUAUCGCUGCGGCAUUCACCGAAGUGGAUCCGAUAAGGGACAUUGUUGUAGACGACUCUAGAAAUAUAUUGUAUACUUUAACGACCAAGGGCACGAUCGAUGUGUACGACUUAGGAAAAUGCGGGACCAGCUCGGCUUUCAAAGUUGCCACGUUAUCGCAUUCUUCAAUACACCAUCAAGCAGUACGUGCGUUUUUUUUCCAUAGUACACAACAACUUAUUCAACACACUAGGCGGGACCUUCCGGAAAUAACUGCUGUUUGCUCUCUUUGUGUGAUUGAAGAAACGGACUCGCCACAUUUAGGGCUUAUCGGUUUGACAAAAUCUGGUAUUAGGCUUUAUUUUUCGACUGGUAGCCCACCCCCACACAGGCCCUCUACUCUCAGACUCCUUCAUAUUCGAUUUCCGCCUGGUUUAAACCCGUCGUCGCUGCCUUUUAUGAGAGAUUCUCUCACAGUCCCCAUGCACAAAGCUGGUACUUUCAUCAUGGCCACGACUAACACAGCGAUGGUACAGGACAAAGUUUGGUGCUUCAGCUCGGACUUUUUCCCAGCCAGGAUAAAUUUUUCAGAGGAAACCCAGUUUCACAAUCUCUGCGCGCCUGUUGUUGCGCUUGCCGAUUUAAGCUUGUCGCCUUCAAUCAAGGAAAACUCAAAACCAGUUUAUGGCCCGAGUGGGCACAUCCUGGUUUACCAGCAGAACAUCGACCCAAACCGGUUCAUCCUCCUCACCCCGCAGGGAACAGAAGUUUAUGAGAAACUCAGACCCGUUGAUAUUCUUGCCGAAGUUCUUAGAGAAAAAAACGGCCCGGAUUGCAAUGAAAUCAAACAAUACUUUUUAGAACAGGGCACGGAUCAGGCUUGUGCCAUGGCUUUGAUUCUCGCUUGCAAUUUUAUGACAACACAGGCUCAACUGGCAGAAUGGGCAACCAGAGCAUUUUUCUUAUAUGGCGGUGAUCCCAAACACAUCAUCCAGCCAGCACAGCAUUUUAACAUAAAUCAGCCAAAUUUUGGACCUGGCCAAGUCGGCUUUACCGGAAAUCAACCUGACAUGGCUAAAUGCGCGACGAAUAUAUUUGACAAUACUCGCCAGUCUCCAGAUUUUGGUCUUCCCACUGGUUUCCGUCCGACGCAAGUGAGCACGCCAAUCAGCGACAGAAACAGAUUUUCAAGCCCUGGACUUCCAGCAACACUUCCAGCACAAUCAGAAACGUUCACAAUUCAGAUGUCUUCUAAACAUAAUGGUCUUUAUCUCUAUCUUACAAGGAUUCUCAGACCGAUUUGGGCAGAGAAAAUAGUCUCUUCUGUUAUUUUUGAAGACAAUAAGCAAUAUUAUGUGUCAUCUCUGAGUUUGAACGAUCUUGGAGUUUUGACAGCACGUCUCACCGGGUUGAAAAAUUUCCUAGAGAAGAACACUACACAAGCGAGCCAAGACAUACCGACUUUAAGUAUCAGGGAUGCGGAAUUGAUUUCCAGGUCGAAUUUGAGAAUGCGUCUCCAAGAAGCGCUCGCCCAGGAGAAAAUGUCUUUGGACGCUUUCAAAGUAUUUGUUGAACAUGUUACCCAGGUUUUUAACUUGUGGAGAAUCCUUUGCCAGCAUCAAUUCCAUGUCAUUAUUGGGACUCUUAAGCCGGAAUUGAUAAACCAAAUGAGCCUAGCUACCUUCAGAGAUUUGUCCAUGUGUGGAAAAGAACUGUGUUCUGCACUUAUAAACGGUUUAAUUAAUCUGUACUUAAAUGACAAUGCAUCUGUAGACAAUAUAAGUGCUAAAUUAAGAGAGGUUUGCCCAACUCUGUAUAAAAGCGAAGAUGCGACGUGUUCAAAAGUGAAUGAGAUAUUGAUGUCGGUUAAGGACGUGCGCAGUGAGGAGGAAAAAUUGGUCAUGCUCAGUUCUGCGAUUAAGCUUUGUAAAGAAGUGGCUCCGCAUUUGAACCAUUCGUCAGUCUGCAAACAACUUGUAAACCACCAAUAUUAUCAGGGAGUGAUUGAAGUGUGUUGCGACAUGGCGAACAAAGCCGAUCCACACAACCUUGCUAAGAGCUUUCUGAUGAAAAACCAACCCUUGGAUGAUGAUCUGGGCUCGAAAGCUUUUAUGAAUCGUUCGACCUGCUAUAAAGAUUUGGCAUACAUGCUCGACCAAAUUUACAUGAAAUGUCAGAUUGGAAACACUCCGGUUAGUUUUGACGAACCUCCUAGCACCAUUGGUCAAAAAAUCCUGGAAGAUACAAUCAUUCAAUGUUUGAACGUGGAAGAUGAAACGGCCCACUUAGUCGUGUACGAAUGGCUCGUUACUAGAAACUUACAAAAUUCCCUUGUCACCCUCGGCAAGCCUUCAGUUGAAAAGUACCUUUCUCGUUUUCCACCCGAUUCAAAGAGAUUUAGAGAUCUAAUGUGGCAGUACUACGAACGAUCUGGUGAUCAUGCAAAAGCAGCACUUAUUUUAUAUAAAUUAGCAACCGGAAGGGGAGAUGCAAUAAAAUUACAACAAAGGCUGACAUAUUUAGGAAAAGCAGUUAUGUGUAUGAGAAGUGACGAGGUGGGCUGUGCCCCUCAUCUUGGAGUCUUUCAUCACGAGCUUGAAGACUUAGUCCAAGUUACAAGAGUCCAGAAACAAGUUUUAGACAAAAUUAGUGGUAUGAUUAACACUCAUUCGAUGGCAGAAGAAGCUUGUAAAAAACUGAAUUCAAAUCUUCUUUCAAUAACAGAACUUUUUGAAGAUUUUGCAGAACCUUUUCAGCUUUGGGAGUGCAAAUUGACUAUUUUGAAUUGUGCAGGUCAUGAUGAUCAGGAGCUUAUUAAAUCAAUUUGGAAUGAAAUUAUUAAAUAUGAAUUGGACCAGUGUACUUCUAGUUUACCUGAUGAACAGAUGCUCGUUGUCAUGUCCAAAGUGAAAAGCUUAGGGCUGCAGUAUACAAUCCAGUCUCCAUGUUUUCCAGUCUAUUAUUUAGUUUGGCAACUAGAACUGCUCAGUUGCCGUCUUGAUGUGAACAAAUCUCGUGUAUACACUACGAUGAUAGAGACCGGAGUUUCAGUUGCGGCAAUGCUUGAUAUUUAUGAUAAAAUGUUUUCGGCUAAUGACAUAUGCUGGAGCAGACAGGGAAAUGAAUUUCAUCUUAUUCAAGUGAUUGCUAGUUUUGCCGACUCAUUUGUCACAAACACAAGGAUGGUUACUGCUAGUGAAUGGAGGGUGUUAGCUGAUCAAGUCCAGGAAUUAGUCACCUCAUGCCUUAGCACUCUUUUUAGCAAGCAAGACUGCGCACAACUUAUUUCCUUCUUGAAGAAAAUCAAGGAAAACCUCGAAAGGUUUAAAUCGGCCCCUUUUUCCCAGCAACAAUUUUUCUAAAGGAUGUAUUUUUGAUAUUGUUUUUAUCAUCUUAUUUGUAAAAUAAAUAAAAAAUAAAAAAAUAAAACUGUCAAAAUGAAGGGUGUAAAAUAAAAAGUAAAUAAAUUAAUUAAUUUUACAGGAAAUAUAUCAUCACUGUUGGUUCAAACCAAUUUCUUUAAAAUUUGUUUACCGCAACCUCUAUUGUAAUAAGACAGUGAUUUUAAACAUGUACAAUUUAACCAUAACAUUGAAACUGUGUUAUUUCAUGCAGUGUCAAACCACUUUUCUAUAUUUGCAAUUUUAAAAAUGAAAUAUAUUAUAUUGUGUUCUAAGAAUUAGUCUAUUGUUAAUAUGUCCAAAGUUUUUUGACGUGUGAGGGUGAAUGUCAUUUGAUACACGCAAAACUGUUUAUACUGUGCAUUAGGAUGUUAAAUAAACAUAAUUAAUAAACA